AUGCCGGCAACGAAAGGUCAAAUGCGACGGGCAGAAACCUCUGUGUGGGCAGUGCGAGAAUCGCAAUUCGGGACCGCGAUCAUGCAACUACGUGGUAAUUGCCAACAGCGAAAAGCGCCAGAGCGAGAAAGAGUCAGUUCGUUGUCCCGUCCAAUCCAAGCCAGAAAUGGAUUAUCUUCACCUUCGAUAUACUUGACAACUGACUCUCUAUUUGUCAUCACCAGGUAUAUUGCAUCUUUGGAGCGACAACUCGCUGAACACCAACAAAGUAUCUCGAUUCUGAGAACGCAACAACAGCCACAGGAUGCGUCUGGCAGCGCCGCGGAUCUCGCUGAGUCGGAACAGGGGCAGCGAAUCGACACACCAACCGCCAACUUUUCCAUCCGGUCACAUACUCAUGACGAUGCUCAAGACCCAGCCCCUCCCAAUUUUGCGGGCUCCCCGACCGAAGCCAUCACCAUGCCUGACCAGCCAUUCACGCAAACCCCAAAUACUCACAACCGAAUGCGCUCUGUAGCGCCGUCUCAACAUUCGACCCUGCACUCAGGACAAACUCAUGCUCGAGAGUCCGACCUCUACCACGAUCAACGGAGUGUGCAAGGUCACGACUCUGAACAAGGUCAUCAUGCUUCCAGUCCCGUGGACGCCAUGGGCACCGCUAUUCGGGGAGGCAGUUUCCGGUGUGACCCUACGGAUGAAUACUACGGCCAAUCCUCGGUGGUUUCGUUGAUGAAAGAAGUCUCUCAACACCAGGGAUCAGAUUCGCAGCCUGCAUUUGUGGACGAUCGUCUGAGCCGGCCUACUAGAACCAGACAAUACGCUCCGUGGAGCCGGUCUACUCUAAACGAGACCGAUUUUGCGAGGCUCAUGCUUCAGCCCAGGUUCUCUUUGCCUCCACGAAGCAUGGCGGAAAAGCUAUUGGACAUUUACUUUCAAAAUGUCCAAAUAUUUUAUCCUCUCGUACACUCGACGAGCUUUCUCAAAGAGGUCGACCGUCUGUGGCAGAGCCACGAGCAGCAUCGCGAUGAUGAUGACGACGACACAUAUCUUCCGGAUAUUGGAUUGGGAGGUCCAAACUGUCAACCCACAGUGUUCUUUUGUGCAUUGAAUGCAAUGUUUGCCUUGGGAUGCGAAUUCUCCGAUCUACCUUCAGACGAAAAAGCAGCGGCGGCACUUGUGUAUACCGAACGCAUGAAAGAUCUGUUGCAAAUACCCAUACUCGACAGUGGCAAUUUGGCGUAUGUUCAAGCGUUGCUACUUGCAGGCCAACAUUUGCAUUGUACGCAAUACCCGACGCAGUGUUGGAACGUGGUCGGCCUGGCUUGUCGAAUGGCACUAGGGCUGGGCUUGCAUUGCGAGAACGGCAACGAGAAUGGUGGGAUAUCAUUGGAAACGGAGAUUAAGCGCAGAGUAUGGUAUGGCUGCGUUCAAAUGGACAUGCACGUUAGCAUGACCCUAGGACGACCACCUACUUUACACAACGUGAAUGUGUUGCCUUUGCCGAGACCCAUUGACGACGUCUACCUUGUUCCUGGCACUCGAUCCUGCGAGCAGCCAGAAGGUCACAUGGCCGUCACGGCAUUCAACGUUGAGAAUUUGAAGCUCGCCAAACUACUCGGGAACAUAUUGGAGAAAAUCUAUCACACUGCAUCGUCCCAGUCCAGCCCUGGGCCCUGGUUGAACGAAAACCCAGCCCCAAGCGCCGUCCAUCGCGACAUUAGUGCCAUUAUGCACAUGGAUUCGUGUCUCAAGCAGUUUGCCGACAACUUGCCAGAAGCGUUGCGGUGGGACGGCAAUGCGAGUAUACUAUCAGAGGGUGACUCGGUCUUGCAACGACAGCGCAACGUCCUACAAGCCAGGUUCAUACAUCUCAAGGUCCUUUUACAUCGUCCGAGUUUCAGCGCUCACCGUUUCUGGCUACACCAAAAACGGAGGAGAGGCAACCACCAGGCUUCACAAUCCCGACAUGAAACAAGCCUGUCACAGACGACGGGAUUGGAACUGGUCAUAGCAACGCGGGGUCGAUGUGCCGUCGCAUGUGUCGAAAAUGCCUGCGACCUUAUAUUGUCGAUUAGCAAUGCCACGGCGAUCAAUGCCACCGGUGCGUGGUGGUGGAGCUUAUUCUACAUUACCACCGCUGCCAUCAUUCUGAUCCUAGCAGAAUCUUGUGAAGAACUUGUGCGAGAUUUGGACAGAGACACAAUGCGACUGGCGUGGGAACAUGGCACCAGGACCUUGGAAAGGAUCAGCCAUAGUCGAUCCGUGGCAGCUGACCAUUUGUUGGCUUUGCGAAAUUUCCGGAGCCGAGCGUUGGCUGCUCAAGAUAAAGUCACCGUCGACGAUGAUAACGAAGCACGAAUCAACUCGAUUGCAAACUUUGCAGGAACACAACAACGGCAACAGCAGCACGCCGCUAGCGUCAACAGCAACCAACCAACGAAUGGUUCUUUUCUAUGGCCACCAGGAGACUAUGAUCGAGGUUCGCUGGGCCCGGAUCAACACCACCAAAACCAAACAGCCAUGGGAGUCGACGGUGGUAACGAGGACAAUAAUUUCGACAACAAUGACAUGGCCGCCACCACUGCCUCGGCCGCGGGCGGCGCAGGUGGUCAACAACAAGGUUGGUUGUUUGACAACGACGAUGAUGACAACAGAUUCGACGCCGCCAACAUGGCAUGUCUCCGACCCUUUACCGAUUGGGACUUUACUCUGGAAAACAUGGUGUGGCCGUCGCCGGACAACAACAUGUGGAAUUAUUCCGAUGUCAAUACUGUUCCAUACCUUUUUUGAUGUGGUACAUUCAUUAUGUACAACAGGCUCCCAAGGCACUCUCUCUCUCUCUCUCAUACAUGCAACAUUGUCUCUUGAUUCCAGCAUGUGGCGUCUGGAAAACAUACUGUAUAAUGUACGCCGUACACGGGUCAAUAUGGUCCCUCGGAUUCCUGCGGGUGACGAUUUGCCCUUUGUAGAGCUGGCCCCGAUUUGUGUACAGUACUAAUAAACAAUGUCGACGUUGGUAAAUAUGAUAUCCCCUAAAGAACGUCCAGACUUUUUGAGCAGGGUAUAAUAUACAAAGUUGAGAGGUGUGGAAAAAAAGAGCGCGCGCGCACACACACAAACACACAAAUGUAAUU